UUUGGCAAGUUAACCCGGCCUUAGGCGAAAAAGAUAGAUUUUUGCGUUUUUUUGCAAAAAGCUGUUGAGGUUUUACACAAAAAUAACAUCAGAAAGUGGUUGUGGAUAUUUUUUGUGAGUUUAGCAUACAUUUCGUACGCCGUGGAGCCCAAUAUUAGCGUGGACAUGUGCACCCCCGAGGCGUGGCGGGGCGGGGGUGUGGCGCGGUCUCCGUCCCACGAGUCGGUCACUACCGACCUGUCGUUGUUCAGCGUGUCUUCCGCCGCAAGUGACGCCAGGGUGCUCCGACUGCUGGCUUGUAAGGCCGGUCAAGGACCAGAUCCAAACCUCAGAGUGGCCAGUCCAAACCCAGACAGUAAACUAGCAAAAGGCGGGUCGCUGCCGCUGCAGGAGGGCGGCGGCGGCGGCGGCGAGGGCGCGGGCGAGGCCGGCGGGCGCGAGGUGCUGGCGGGCUGCGCGGCGCUGUGCGCGGCUCUCGGCCUGCGUCGCUCCUUCAGCGCCGCCGACAUCGCCGACGCGCCGCCGCACCACCCGCCGCGCGGCGCGACGUCGGAGGUGGGUCUGAGCGCGGCGCUGGAGGCGCUGACGCUGAGCGCCGCCUCGCGCUCCUGCAGCACCUGGGUCGCCGUGGGCGGGAGCCAGCUGCCGUCGCCGCAGCGCGUGCAGGCGCCCGCGCCGCGUCCACUGCCCACCGACAACAAGAAGGUGCGUCAGAACUACAUAAAGCGUCGGCUGCUGACCACCUACCGCGCGCUCGAGAGGAUGUCGCAGUCAGACUUCAACCUCGACAGGCUCGAGGCAGCAGCAGUGUCAGCCGUGUCGGGGGCCCCCGGGGCGUCCGGGGGGUCCGGGGCGGACCCCGGGCCCACCACGCUCGCCGUGCCGCACCGACGCGACAGAUAUGUGCAUCCCGAAGCAGCCCAGCUGGCGCUGACAGCUGCAGACCUGGAGCGCGAGCGCGGCCGCCCGCUCUCCAAGUACGAGCGCAACAUGAUGAUCUUCAACUGGCUCCACACCCUCGACGACUCCGCGCCGCUGUAGGCACCACCUGCCACGGUGGAGACUGGCGAGGGCUGCGGGACAAGCUUUUGUCAAGGUCAGAUUGGUAUAGAUCAGGGUUGGAUCUUGCAGUGUAUAGAUAGGUUGAAUUGUCUGAAGCAGUAUGCCAACUUGGAGUACUGGAAAUAUCAUUGGCUCACUAUGACAAGGUUGUAUGUUAUUUAUAUCAAAUAAUUGUAUAUUUUUUCCAGUAAAAAAAUUGAAUAAUCUCGAAUCAUGAAUUAUUGUUGUUUUUACCAACAUUUGCAUCAAUAAAAAUUAACAUGACACCUUUUUAUAGUAAGCCAGCAAUAUUCUAACAGGUCUGUAAGGAAUCAAGGUUGAGAAAACUUGCUCUAGAUUAUACACCAACUAGUAAUGUUGAAUUACACUAUACAGUAGAAACCGGUUAUAACGACUCCGGUUAUAGCGACACAUCGGUUAUAACGACUAAAUAGUAAGGUCUUUUUAAAUGAAUGCAUAUAAAAAGCGUAUCGUUUAUAACGACUAUCGGAUAUAGCGCCCAGAUUCAGUGAUCCCUUCGAUGUCGCUAUAACCGGUUUUCACUGUAAAAUAAGCUGCCUUUCACAAGUAGGCUCACUUCACAAACUAGCCGUAAAUAUGUACAGCUUCCAUGAUCAGGCAUCAAAUUAGCCGCAUAUCAAGCAUGUAGUAGGCAAAAACAUUCCAAUAGUGUUUUGGAGCUGUCCCAUAGUUGUAUGUAAGUGGUACAAGUUAGUGAAGAUGUAUGGUCCUUAGAUAUCAAAAUAUCUGGACAUCGUUCCACAAUAUAGAUCAUUUCAUCCACAAAGGCUUCCCCACUAUUUUCCCUAAUCAAAAGGUGGGGCACGUCCUCUUGGAUGAAAUGAUCUAUACUGGCAUGUUACCUAACUAGAUUAUAAUGAAUAGAUGUUAAUAAUUGUGCCCUAAAAUAUCUGGUCUUUGGAGUAUGGAGUGGCUAAGGAUACUAAAUUUCAUAAUUCAAAUUCAACAUCAUGCUCUUUCAUAUAUAAAGACAAUGACACCGAGGGCUCAGUCUAUUUUUUGGUAUGUUAAAAUCUGUCAUAUUAUGUCAUAGAUUUUGGUGGACAAUUGGAAAGUCUGUGUUUGAUGUCCAUACAAAACACUUCUGUAUGGAGUUGUGAUUGUGUGAAUGAAGUUCUUCCUCUUUUUAU